AUGAACCGAAGGCAGCAUGAUUUUGAGAGUCCCUACAGCACAUUCCGCCACUUCUUUCUUCCCUCGGUGGCGUUGAUGAUGGUUUGUCUCGUCGGUUCAACAUCGUGCAAUGAGCAACAAGGUCAGGAAGAGAAGGGCUUUUGGUUAAAAGUUGCGGUGCAUGUCAUUAACGACCUCCCAGACCCAUUGCGAGUUCAAUGUAAAUCUAAAGACACUGAUAUUGGGUUGCACAUACUCCCAACUGGGCAAAAUCUUACUUGGAGAUUCGUUCCCCACAUCGUUAUUCAAAAUACUCUCUUCUUCUGCCACUGUUAUUGGCGCAACAAGGAAGCAGUCUUCAAUGUUUACGAUAAGUUCAUAGACGUGUACUGUACAACCUUUCAGUCAGACGAUGAAAACUGCUAUUGGUCUGUACAACCAGACGGUAUUUACUUUAGUGGUACCAAUAAGAUUGGUAGUUAUGCCAAGUGGUAUUUAUGGAAUUAG